CUCCGCUCCGCACACAACUAGAUUCUUAAGCCGCAUCACGGCGCGAUCUUUCGCUUUUUCACGUCGUCGUCUUACGCGGUUCUUUUUUGGCGCCCAACACGAUGAGAUUUUAAACUUUUUCCUGAAACUCAUCUGAAAGAAACCCACGAUGGCGUUAAAAUUUACCCUCCUGUUGAUGUUUUUUGUCGCCCCCGGCGGGUGGUGCGUCAACGAAAGUUUCUUGAAAAUGUUUGAGGGUCAACAGACGCCUGUUGACCCAUGCUAUGACGAAGACAGACCCAGGAGGUGCAUCCCGGAUUUCGUUAAUGCUGCUUUCGGUGUGUCCGUUAAAGCUUCUUCCACUUGUGGAAUUAAUGGUCCGGUUCAUUAUUGUGAGUCUCCGGAACCGGGAGCGUCGCCUCAAUGUCACGUUUGCGAUGAUUCCCAACCUCGAAAUAGGUUUCCUGCUGUUCACCUAACUGACCUGAAUAACCCUAAUAAUGUUACUUGUUGGAGGAGUGAUCCUUUGCCACCUGUCACCUCCAUCGAUGCUCCUCCAGACAAUGUCACUUUAACUUUAAGCUUGGGCAAGAAGUAUGAGUUAACGUAUGUCAGUUUGCAAUUUUGUCCUCACACCCCUAAGCCAGAUUCUAUUGCCAUUUAUAAAAGUAUGGAUUAUGGAAAAACAUGGCAACCUUUUCAGUUUUAUUCCAGCCAGUGCAGAAGAGUUUAUGGAAGGCCUAAUCGUGCGACCAUCACCAAGGCUAACGAACAAGAGGCACGGUGCACUGACGCACACCGUUACACUGGAGGAGAGUUUUCUGGCUUUGGACAAACUUCUAGAAUAGCUUUCAGUACCUUGGAGGGACGCCCGAGUGCUCUGGAUUUUGACAAUUCACCGGUCUUACAAGACUGGGUUACUGCUACCGAUAUCAAAGUAGUAUUUAACCGGCUUCACAUGCCUAUAGAAGAUAUUUCAGAUAGUAACCUGGACCUUUUAGAUGAGAACUUAUACAAUAAGCACCAAUUUGAAGAAGAGAAUCUGACUAGGGAGCCUUCGGUUCAGUUAGUGAAUGAAAUGCAAUCUUUGGAUAAUGAGGCAAACACCAAGACCUCUGUUUCGGUGGAUAUGGCUUCCAAUGGUAUCCAUGGGUACCACCAAGUGACCCAUCAAUAUUCGGUGGCGGAUUUCGCGGUUGGUGGACGUUGCAAGUGUAAUGGGCACGCGAGUCGUUGUGUGAUCGGACGUGAUGGACUAUUGGGAUGUGAAUGUAAACAUAAUACUGCCGGGAGGGAUUGUGAGAGGUGCAAGCCGUUCCAUUUUGAUCGGCCCUGGGGUAGGGCUACUGCUAGGGAUGCUAACGAAUGCAAAGCCUGUGAAUGUAACCAACAUGCGCGUAGAUGCAGGUUUAACAUGGAACUAUACAAGUUAUCCGGAAGGACUUCUGGUGGAGUCUGUCUGAAGUGCCGGCACUAUACGGCGGGUCGGCAUUGUCACUACUGCAGGGAGGGAUAUUAUAGGGACCCCACCAAGUUAAUAACCCACAGAAAAGCUUGUAAACCAUGUGACUGCCAUCCAAUAGGAGCCUCUGGAAAAACUUGUAACCAAGCAACUGGACAAUGCCCAUGUAAGGACGGUGUCAUUGGAAUCACAUGCAACAGGUGCGCCAAAGGAUACCAGCAGAGUAGAUCUCAUAUUGCUCCAUGCAUCAAAAUUCCUGUGGUUCAGAUGAUGGCCACCGAGGAAGACGACGAGGGUUAUCCAGAGGAAGAUCCCGAUUCGCAACCGACUUCAGAUCAUUGUGGAAAAUGCAAAGCGGCAACCAAGAGGCUGAAUCUCAACAAAUAUUGCAAAAGGGAUUACGCUAUAAUGGCGAAGGUAAUCUCCCAAAUCGAGAACGGCGACGACGAGCAUACCAAAGGAUGGGCCCGGUUUGUGAUCAAUGUAGAGGCGAUUUACAAGAAAUCUAGUAAUUCCAGGAUCUGGAAGGGAACCAUGUCCAUGCUUGUACCCGUGGCUGACUUAAAUUGUAAAUGUCCCAAGAUCAAAGCAAAUAGAUCUUACCUGAUUCUUGGCAGAGAAAAGGAUGACUCUCCGAACGGAAUGUUAACCGGCAAAUUGGGUGUCACCCAGCGCUCCAUAGUGAUCGAAUGGCGCGAUGAGUGGGAUCAGAGGAUGCGCAGGUUCCGACGCAGGGCCCGCAAAUGCAAGUAAAUAGAAGGCUCCCGCGCACCAGCCAUAUUUUUUUGAAUUUUUGUCAUAACGGUCUUUCUGUGAUUUAAUUUAUGUUUAGUUUCCUUUUUGAAUUGGCAUCGUGGGUGAAGAGUGGCGUUUGUCACUUUCCUUUGGUCUAAAACCCUCGGUUUUGUUUUGCGUAAUGAUGAUCGGAUAGAGGGACAAAAAGAUAUGAUACAAUUGACAGUAAAUACAUCGUAAAGAAUCCUUAUCAUAAUUUAACACUUCUAGAAGAAGAUAUUAUACAUCUCUAAAAUGGCAACUGCGUGCUAUCGGCAAAGAUCAAGUUUUUGCAAAGAUACUUCUGGAUUCAUCUUGUGUUAGGUUACUACUAAUAGUACCAAUUUCUUUGUUUAUCACGUUUUUUCGAUCAUCCUCCGGUAUCAGUAAUACAUGAUAAAUCUAGUGUUUUAUAUAAAUAUCAUAAUUGUCGUUUCUCAAGUGUAAGUUUAUUUAUCUCAAAAGGAGCGACAGAAAAGAAUAUUUACAACAAGAAGAUUCAUGAUAUUCAACUCACAGGUGGUAUUUAUAGUAUUUCCUUAAAAAAAUCUAUUUUCAAUCCUAUGUUUGGGAUGCAAUCGUCCAGUAAAUCUUUCAUCCUAUAAUGAAGAAAAAGGUGUAGGUAUGGUUUAACUGCAUUUCAAGGGCAAAAAAUUGCUGUAAUCGAAUUAUAAAAAUGCAAUCAAAAAUUUCGAGCGGGACAUGUUUUUAUAAUAAACCAAAUAUUAACUUAAAUGAGCUGCAGCUUUGAUAGCGAUAUUAAAAAAGGCAGUAUAGUGAGAUAAAUUCAAUAUUGCGGAGGGUUGUUGGGUGGGGUCAGAAAUAAAACAGAAACCUGUUUACUUAAAUGUCGACGUUUCGACUUAUUUCUGCCCCACCCAACAACCCUUCGCAAUAUUAAAGAUAUUGGUCACAAACACGAAACUGAAGAUAAAUUCAAUGUGUUUACUACAUUCUAACAAUUUUGUUGAUUUAAUUGUCAAAAAAAGCAAUAGUGGAAUUAAAAGAUGUCGUUUACGAGACGCGAUUGCACAAGUCAGAUGCAUAAAAACGAAAAAAAACGCCACGGCAGCAAUUAAAAAACCAAAAAAAAGAACUCUUUUUUAAAUUAACAAUCAAAUCUCUCGUUAAAUAUUUGUCGUAAAUUAAUGGGAUAAGUUUCAUGUUUAGCGCCAAACCCUAAUGAUCAACUUUUUUUUUUAUUUGCAAUAUUUUUUUGUAACAUAUGCUGUAAACUUUGUAAAGAAAACACGUUGAAUCUUUUCUUUAUUGUAAAAACAUUCCGCUUUAAAUAUUAGGUUGCAUUUUUUUAAAAUUCGACUGGAAUUUUUUACUGUCAAAAUGCAGUAGAAUCACAACUACACCAUUUUUUUCCAUUUCUAUACCUAUAUUUGAAGGGGGUAGAAGUAGAGAUGUAGUAGACACAUCUUUGUGAUGUAAUAUCAAUACUUCAGAAUACAAAAAUCGCGAUCUAAGAACUCGCUCACGUAACUUUGACUAACGAGGGUUGGAAAUUAACAAAAACAAUAAAAAUGGAGAUUUACGAGAAAAUUCAUAAAAUAACAUACGACAUAGCAAAGCAUAUCUGAUAAUUAUAAUUGAUUUAGGCUUCCAAAAUGAAAAUGUUGAUAUUGACAUUCGUGAGAAUCAUAGAAUGGUCAAAGUAUAAUAUUGAAGAUUGACAAACUAAUAACUUACAGUUGAACGCCUAAAAUGACUAGCUAUAAUAUGUCAUAAUUAUUAUCUAUCAAUUUCUAUUGGUUACAUCACCACAUCCAUCUGUCAAUGCCUUGUAUGAGUUGGAAACGAGACUCUAUUGGAAUCUUUAUACAACUUGAUGUUGAUAUGAAUAAAUCGCUUUUCACUAACUCUAUAGUUAUAUGUUAUUUCCCUUUUUGACUAUAUCUUGUUACAUUUAGCCAGUAGAUACGAUUGAAUAACUGAAACUUUUGGUAAGUUACUCUUGUAAAUGAAUUAUAGCAGAAUCUCUGAACUGAAUUUAUUUAAUAAUUGGCAAACCUAUCUGGAUUUACUAAUUAUUGGCUUAAAGAUAUCUUUAAAUAAUGUUGAUUUGCGGCAAAUCAAAAUAUAAAUAUUUUUUUGAAAGGUUAAUUGCAAAUAGAUUUAUAUUUGAAUAAAAGAUAUGAUAUUUCACACUUUGACAACACUGUGACAAAUAUUAAGAUAUUUUUUUCCAGUUUUUUUUUUUCCUUCUUUUUCGUCUUUACUUUAAGGUAUUUAAGUCUCCUAAUGGACCCAUCAUACCCCAUUGAUGGAGUAUGUAUACUAAACACCAAUAGCCUUGGGAAAAUCGUGGACUACAGUUUUACUUAACACCAUCCGUAUUCCGAGUGGUCCGUAAUAUCAUAGAUAUGAUGACGACAUCUUAAAUGUUAGUAUCGGACAAUUUUCCAUAUAUCUUCAGAUCAUCAGCAAAGAGCAAAAACAUAACUUCCUGUUUACAAUUAACUAAGUUAGAAUCAAUCCAUGCUCACGGAUACCUACAAGAAUAGCUGGGAUGAAAUAGUUUACUUUGGCAAAAGUUUUUCUAAAUUAGUGUAAUUCCAUGUAUUUCUUUGCCCUAAUUAAAUGGAUACAAAUAGAGAUAGGAUGGUAAUUUGUGAUCAAUUUAGUAAAGUUUCAAUUUUCUGGGAACUUUUUUAAUCAUUAAUUAGGAAUCAAGUGCACCCAUAUAUGGUAGCCGGUCCAUCCACUUAAAUUUAUUUUUAUUUUGACACGUCCAAAACUUCUUAUAACUUCUUGAUAGCUCUAAUAUUUGACAGAUUUAUGCUUUGGUAGGUAUAAAACACUUCUUCUUUCCAAUAUCUUCUUGACUUUCCAGGACGACAGUCGUGGUCUAAUCUGAAGGAGAUAUUUAAAUUACAUUUUGUAUUCAUGUCUUAAAUAUGUCUACUGUUUUUUUUACGUUAUAUCUGGUUCAAAUAGUUUUAUUUGAAAAUCGCCAAGACAAGGUGGGAGUUUAGGAAAGGAAGGGGAAGGGAAACAAGAAAAAAUAACUAUCACAGUUCAGCAGGGCGAUAAAAGCUAAAAUAAGAUUGGCACUAGAUGGCAUAAAGGACUAUAGAGGCUCCUAGGGAGCUUUACUAAAUUAUAGGAUCUAUAAAAUAUUUUGUUAAAAUUCAUAUUUUGGUAUAAUAUUCAGUCAUUGGUUUUUGAGAUCAUUUUUGUCUUACAAGUAUGUGCUGAGCUAGUUCGCUUUCUUCUAGGCAUUAUCUGCGUGUAGAAUCUGCCUAAAUACCAAUUUUAUUUCGGUGUCAUCAGUCUGCUGUGGCCUGUUAGUAUUUCCGUGCUUUUCCUUUCGACUUAAAGAUUGUAUUUGUUUUAAUAUUUCUUUUUCUUUUAGGCACGCUUCGGUAUGAUGUAUUUUUUCUGAGCCAUGCAUCAACAAAUUAUUAAUACUGUUUUCGUUAACUUGGGUUACCCUUAAUAUUAUGUUACGUAUUUUGACUUAAAAAACUGAUAUACAGAGCCAUAUAGUUUAGAUUGUCAAUGCGAUCUAUUUCCCCUGUCCCUUGAAUUUUUGAUAUUCAACGGACAAAAAAAUUGUUAAAUAUAAGCUUAUUUUAUCUAUGAAUAAAUUGCACUGAAAAUACUUUUAUUGACAAAAAAAAUUCGAGCUAAAGAGGAGCUUACGAGCGCCUAUAAUUCAGAGGUAAUAUCCAUCUGGCCAAGCGUCGGAGCAUCUACAAUUCUGGGUCUUUUUUGAGUAUUUUAGAAGCUACCAGCUAAAACCUGAUAUAUAUGCAUUUAUAAAUGUUCCUCUAUCCAAGAAUACUAUAAUUUUGAUACAGUAUUUCAACUUUUAUUAGGAAAAGGCCCCCGUUACUUAAAAUGCACUGUACCAAACGCAUUUUCAAACAGAUUUUUUUUAGCUUAAAUUUUGUAAUAUUUUAUACUUUGUAAAUAUAUUUUCAAUAUUUUUGUAUUAUUUAUUUAUUUGACUUUCAAUUUAUUAUAUUUACUACAUUGUGUGACUGUGACGUAUGAAUGACAUUAAAAAAUUUAAAUUGAAUUAUUUAAGAUAUCGUUUUUUUUUUUAAUUUGUGAAUGAUUGCAUUUAAAAUGACAAAUCUGAGACUGUACAGUAUUAAAACUAAUUCGCUAACUAAAUAUUCCAUAAUAUAACCUGUUACAAUUUAUCUUAUACUGUAUACAUAUUUGUGUAACAUUAACUAGUUCCUAGAGGCUAUAAUAAUUAUAUUUUAAUCUAAAAUAGUGCAUCAUUUUUUGACACUAUUUAAAAAAAUUACCGAAAAUAGAUGAGCGUAGUGUUUGGUGUUAACAUAUCAGACUAUAAGUAACGUGUUGUAGCAAUAUCAUGAUUUCGUCUUGUUACGAUCCUGGUCGUUUUAAUAAUUUCAGGGCGUAACAUUUAUAAUAUUUAUAUAUCAUCAAUCGGAAGACAAUGUUACAUUAUUAGAAUAAGGUUUUUAAUAAAUAUAUAUAAAUUUGUCAAAAUUAUUAAAUACCAAUGUUUAACUCUAAAAUUGUUCUUCCGUAUAUUACUCGUAAAAGUUUUAAAUGGAAAAAUUUAGUCAUUUUGGCAUUAAUGUCGUUAUUACUAUACUACUAUUGUAAAUUUUUUGUGUACCUAAUAUAUUAUUAAUAUUAUUAUUGUGUAAUAAAAUAUGCUAUAUGUAUAUAA